AUGUUCAAGCGAGUUCCACAGAGCGUCGCUGCUCGAAUGCAACGACAAUCGAAACGGAGCUAUGCUGCUCUGAAUUCACAGGCCAUUGCAAUGCUCUCAUCAUCUGGCGCAAGUAUACCCGAGUCAGCGUUGCCUUCCGACAGGAGGGGUCCAUCGGGUGGUUCGUAUUGUGGGAGCAGCUUGGUUUGGUCCGAAACUAUCCAGUCAUUACACUCUGCCUCAUCCAGUGGAGCUCCAAAUCUGUUACCCAACAUGAAACUGUCUGGUUGCGAAGAGGAAGACGACGAUGGUGGCUAA